GGUGCGCAAGACAGGAGCAAGAAGAAGGAAAAGAUGGGCGGAGGUGACGUUGGCAAAGCUUUCACCGCCGCGUUGGAGCGCACUGGCACCACAUUGACAUCACAGGACCUGGUGGAGCAGUAUGCACCUCUUCCCCAAGCAGACAAGCAGCCAAUUGUGCUAGAGCAGUGUAAGUUCUUCGCCUUGUUUGAUGCCGAUCCUGUUUAAGCACGAGAAGAGACGGACAAGAAGCGGCAAGAAGCUCGCGAGCUUCGUGGCGAUCACUAUGUCCGGGAUAUCAUGAUGUCCGAUCGCCACCAUCCGUUGAAAAAAACGCCGGCAAUUCGAAUUCCGCUUGGUAUCAGAAGAGAAAGCCAAGCUGGCAGCUAAUGGUGUUGCCGCUGCUGAGCGUAUGCACGCUAAGAGCUUCGGAGAGAACAACUACAGACUGUACACGGACGACUUGCCGGUCUUCGUGACUGCCGACUCCGUUCUACACGCAUGGCACCGUUCUUUCGACGCUUUUCUUUCAGAUUUGGAGACCGAGAUCCUAGCCAGGAAGCUGGAGUUGGUGUUACGGGCCUAGAGACGCAGCUCAUUACAGGGCAUCCUUUAGUGGAAGAUGCAACGGCGGGAACUACCACACCAACGACAAGACCCACGUCGUUUGCUUUGCUUGGCCAGCGCUUCGUGUGGAGCUCGUUCAUCUUCACUCGGCUGGUGUACGACCAAGUGCUGCAAGACGACACAAAACCAGCUCGACGUAUUCCAAGUGCUGUCGAUGUCGCCUUUGCACUGUUCGGCAACAAUGAAGCAGCCACCGAGAUCGCUCGUCGAAUGGAGGACCAUGCACCUGAGCCUGAUGACACGAACUGUGACGGCAAGGAGUUUGUGCCACACCGCGACGGUAUCCAAUUCGCCUCAAACCUAGUAGCACUGCGUCAGGUCAUUGACGAGGAAUUUAACGACGAUGAUGACAGCAAGCCGAGGACUACGGCCACUGGAAAUUCUAGCAUCAGUUCGCUGUGGCUUCAAGCCCUACGAGCGCUAUCAAGACCAUCUCCUAACAGCGCCAGCACAUUUCACACGAGCACGUGGCAGCGACGCCAAAUGAACACGCAGAUCGCAUCAUUCACGCAGCUUCGACACGGCUCGGUGCUGUACGCCAAGUUACACGUGCACUCCAAUGUGCGAGUAUCCAGACGGCAUGGUCGAUCCUUACCCGCUCUUUUGGAAGAAGAUGUUCGAGGUGGCUCUGCGAGUAAAAGUAUCGCUGGUGGUAUAUUCCACCGUGAAGAAUUCUUUGACAACUUCACUCGACAAUGA